GACCCCAGGGAGAGGAAAAGAACAGAUCUCCCGGAGACCAGACACUGGAGCGAGAUGGCAGGAACCAGUGCAGGGGCCCGCUUCUACCGGCAGAUCAAAAGACACCCCGGGCUCAUCCCGAUGAUCGGCUUCAUCUGCUUGGGCAUGGGCAGUGCCGGGCUCUAUCUGCUGCGACUUGCCCUGCGUAGCCCGGAUGUCUGCUGGGACAGGAAGAACAAUCCAGAGCCCUGGAACCGCAUGAGUCCCAAUGACCAGUACAAGUUCCUUGCCGUUUCCACCGACUACAAGAAGCUGAAGAAGGACCGGCCAGACUUCUGAGGCGGGGCCGGGGGUCCCGUGUGAAUCGCGUUCCUUCCACUCCCUGCCCUGGACCCUAGGGCGUCAGCCCAGCAACACUGCCCAGCUUCUGCUCACACGGGCCGGAUUCCCACGCGGGGGGGGGGGGGGGCGGCUCCACCCCCACCCGCUCCCUCGCUCCCAGCAGAGGAAGAGCCUCUGACCCCCAGCUUGAAUCCCACGGUGGGGGAGGGCAGUCAGGCCUGCAGGCAGAAGCUGGGGUUGACCCAAAAGGCCCAGGCCGGCCCCUCUCUCCUCCCACUCCCCACGCCUGACUGGGUGUGGCACAGGCUACGUGUUGAGCGUGCCAGACGUGUGCCAGCGGCAAGCAGGGGCCUGAGUGCCAAGGGACGUGGCAGGCCACACGUUAGCUCCCGUUUUGAGCCAGGUUUAGGGGGAGCAGCCGCCCAGGCAUGACUGUGCUCGUCCCGGCUACCCAGCCUGCCUGGGGUGUCCCCCUUUCCUGCCCAAGCCUGUGCCUCCCAUCAAGGGCACCCCCUCCCACCCUGCACCUGGGCCUCCCCUGCUUCUCCCCACCCCUCCCUUCCCUUGCUCCUCAGUCCCUGGGGAUCAAACAGAAGCAGCCGUGGGCAAAAUACAAUUUCAUUUAACAAAUUGAA